AUGUAUCAGGAGGCUUUCGAAAAUUUAUCCGACCAAGAGGACGGUCUUCCUGAAAACUUUUUAAUCGGUUGUUUUAUUGCAGGUCUUUCUGAUGAGAUUCGUCUGGAUGUGAAAAUUAAGCAGCCUAAUUCUCUAAUAGAUGCGAUUGGCGUGGCACGACUUGUGGAGGAAAGAAACAUGCUACACCAAAACCCACAACCUUUCUACUCGCAAAAUACACCAAUAAACUUGAGAGUCACAACUACUUCCACUUCGGGAACUAUGAAUGCUCAUAUGGAAGGUGGUUCCACGACUCGCCCACCACUGCUUACUGGAACCAAUUACUCUUAUUGGAAGACCAAGAUGAAGAUGUUCAUCAAGUCAAUGGAUGAAGAUGCAUGGCGCACAGUUCUGACUGGCUCGAAACGACUUGUUGCCACAGAUGAAAAAGGAAUUCAAACUGAGAAACAUGAAAAAGACUGGAGCAAAACUGAACAGUUUGCCGCAAAUAUGAAUUCCAAAGCAUUGAAUGCCAUAUUCAAUGGAGUUGAUAUCAAUCAAUUCAAAAUCAUCUCAGCAUGUGAGUGUGCCAAAGAAGCAUGGGAAAAAUUACAAACAGCUUAUGAGGGGACAACCUCUGUUCGAUUAUCAAAACUUCAGAUGCUUGCUACUCGUUUUGAGGAUCUUCGGAUGGAGGAAACUGAAACUGUGAGAGAUUUCAACUCCAAAUUAUGCGACAUCGCAAAUGAAGCCCAUGGCCUCGGUGAAACUUACCCUGAAGUAAAACUUGUUCGUAAAGUGCUAAGAUCUAUGCCAGACCGGUUCGCAUAUAAGGUGACUGCUAUAGAGGAAGCAAGUGAUGUGGACUCAUUGCGGCUUGAAGAUCUGAUCGGAAAUCUACAGACCUUUGAAAACAAGCUGAACAUCAGUAGAAUGGAUAAAGAGAGAAAAAUCGCUUUACAAACUGUGUCUGUUGUGACACCAUCCGUGCCCUCAGCUCCCAUGACAGCACUCGAAGUCAAGCUAACAAAAUCCAUGUCUUUAAUAGCCAAAAACUUCGGAAAACUCGUGAAAAUGAAUGGACAUCCCAGAAGUCCUACAAACAAACAAGAAGUUAGGAAGGGGAUUCGAUGUAGAGAAUGUCGUGGCUAUGGUCAUAUUCAAGCUGAAUGUGCAAACACUCACAAGAAGCAAGGAAAAUCACUUGCUACAACCUGGAGUGACGAUAACUUUGAAUCUGAUGAUGAAAGUGAAGCAAGUGAUGCUGAAACAAGUAUUGACUUCUGUGGUACAUGCAGGGUUACUGGUGUAACACAAAAUGAUGUCACAUGCACUGAGCCACCACACCUCAGGUAUGCUACUCGUAAUCUCGAGAAUCAUAGAAAUUUAAACACAAUUUUUUUGCCCACAGGAAAAGAAGAUUCAGAGGAUGAUGAAGAAUGCUCCAUUGAGAUGAUUCAACAGCAACUGAAUGAUCUUCUAAAGCAAUGUCAUGAGGUUGGUGAUGAAAACAAGCGUUUGAAGGAGAAAGUAAAGGAACUGGAAGAGGAGAAUGAAGCAGUUAAAGUCAACCUGAAGGCCAAAAUCGAUGAGCUUGAAUUGGAAAAUGAGACAAGGCAUAUCAAGAAAAAUCCUGAACCCUGCCUCAACCUGAAGUGUGACAACUCCCUUGUCCCAACAACGUUAGAGGCAUCAGUCAGUAAGUUAAAUCGCACUACGAUUCUUCCUUCAAACAGGUUAGAUGAAAUUUUAAAUGCUCAUCCCUCAAAUCCUGAUAAACUUGGUCUUGGCUAUAUUGGGAGUAAGUUCGAUGGUAAACCUAAUCCAAAUCGAAAAAUUAAUUUUGUGAAUAAUACUGUCAAACCUACUCUAGAACAUGUUGCCUCACAGUCUUAUACAAAAAAGUUUGUGCCAACUUGUCAUUUUUGUCACAAAGUAGGACAUGUUAGGCCAAAAUGCUUUAAAAGAUGGAAAUUGAUAAAUAAGAGUUUUGCAUAUCAAUCAUCCAAUCCCGCUGCAUGGGAUCACAAUUCCCAAAGAAGAUACUCUGAUAAUAAAUGGAUGAAUAAGUAUAAUGCAAACUGCUUUCCUGCUAUUCUUUCUUUAAAAGCAUGUACUACGAACUCUUGGUAUUUUGAUAGUGGUUGCUCCAAGCAUAUGACAGGUGUACCUAAUCAAUUAAAGAACCUGCAAAAUGUGUCUGGUGGACAAGUUACUCUUGGUGAUGGAAACAAGGCCCUUGUGAAAGGAGAAGGUAACUUGGAUGUUGGAGGAUUACCUAACCUUGACAACGUUCUGUAUGUAGAGGGUUUGAAAUCAAACCUACUCAGCGUAAGUCAGCUAUGUGAUCUAUACGACUCAGUGUUGUUCACCAAGCGUAAGUGUGAAGUGUUUGAUCGAAACCACAUGUGUGUUCUAUCUGGUUAUAGAUCCUCUGAUAAUUGUUAUAAAAUUGAUCAAACUGACCAAGUUGAACAGUGUCCCCUCGCCACCUCUGAUAUCACAGAUAUGUGUUAUCAUCGACUGGGGAAUUUGAAUUUUCAGGAUCUAACACGAAAUAUCAAUGCAGGUUGUGUGAAAGGUGUCCCCCAACUAAACUCCAAUACACCAGAUUUAUGUGGCGAACUUCUAAUGGGGAAACAAACUAAGAGCAUUGGAAGAGAAAUACCAAAAGACAGAAUCACAGAAGUAUCAGUGCCGACAUCUUAUGUCACAACUGAAGAUGUUACCACUGGUAAAGAAGGUAUGAAAACUUGCAAUAAGCCAAAGGUUGACUACCAGGAAAUGGUCAGGUAUGUCUAUCUCACUUCCAUUGUUGAACCAAAAAACAUCAAAGAAGCAAUUCUUGAUGAAUUUUGGGUGUUAGCCAAGCUUGAGGAACUUGAGCAGUUUUCUCGAAAUGACAUGUGGGAACUGGUUCUGAGCAAUGACAAGGUAAAGCAACUAGAUGAUGAAAUAUUUAUCUCACAGAGCAAAUAUGCCAAGAACGUGGUAAGUAAAUUUGGGUUGAAAAGGGCAAAGCCUUUAACAACACGAAUGACCUCAAUUGAGAAGUUGGGACGAGAUUGUGACGGCACAGACGUUGAUUCCACACUACACAGGAUCUUGAUAGGAAGUUUGUUUCAUCUUUCUGCUAACAGAUAUGAUAUUUGUUUCAGUGUAGGUAUUUGUGCUAGGUACAAAGCAAGCCCUAAAGAGAGUCAUUUGAGUGCUGUAAAUCGCAUUAUCCGAUGUGUUAGUGGAACACCCGAAUUGAGAAAAUGGUAUUCAAAAUAUACUAACAAUUGUCUUGCAGGGAAUAGUGAUGCUGACUGGACAGGAGAUGUGGAUAACAGAAAAAACAUCACAGGAGAUUGUUUCUACAUGGUUAGCCAUGAUAGAAGUGUGCUGCCCCCUCUAUCGGGAGUGAUCAAUGUCUAUGACCUCAUUCAUCUCGAAGAUCAUACCUCUAUUGGGAGAAUUAUGCUACCGCAUAUGCAUCUCUGA